GCAGGGUUGUGGGGAUUUGUGUGACUUUGCAGUUCAACAAAUUCAAAUCCAGCCAAUGCUGGCAGCGCCCGUGGUGUGCCAGGCAACCAGCUAGGAGGCGGAGACACGGGCCCAGCUUUCAGCUGAAUGGUGCCGGCUGUGGGGUUGGUGCGGCUGGCUCGGGGCUGGGUGCCUUUUGGCCUCUCUGGCGUGAAGUCCUCACGAUAACCCUACCCCGCUUGGAGACUAGAUGGAAGAGCACCGAGAGGAAGUGACUUGCCCAAGGUGACCCAGCUACUCAGCGCCAGGGCGGGAUGCGAACAGAGGAGUCCUUCGCCCCCUAUGCCUGUGCCGGGAUGCAAAUGCCGUCCUUGGGGCUGCGGGUCUGGAGUCCUGGCGGCGGCCCUGCAGACGACUCCCCAACCACGUGGGCUAGAAAUCAGGCCACGGUCACUGUGCUAAGGGGCGGGGCGCUCAGUCGCCCCUACUUCUCCCUUCGCGAGGGCCGGGCUCCCGGCCGGUGGGGCUGCGGAGCUCUCAGAGACCCCUGAGCGCCCCGCCCCCGCCUCAGGCCCUCCCGGAGCUCCCCCCCCCCCUUCCCGGUGCUGACUCUCGGCCAGAAGAGGAAAGGCAGUCUCCACCCACCUCUAGCACUCUCCCUUCUCCUUUAUAAAGGCCGGAACAGCUGAAAGGGUGGCAACUUCUCCUCCUGCCGCCGGGAGCAGCCCGCCUGUCUCCCCGCGCGCCCGCAGCCUCCCCCGCUGCCUCCCUGAGGGCUCCCCUCUGGCCGCCAGCGCCCAUCUUUCAUUUCCGAGAUUGCGAUAUUUUGCGCACACACGCAUACACACACGCGCAAAAAGGGGGGAAAAAAAAGGCCCACCCUCCAGCCUCGCUGCAAAGAGAAGCCGGAGCAGCCGCAGCUCACAGCCCGCAGAGGACGCCCAGAGCGGCGAGCGCGCAGACAGACGGACCGACGGACUCGCGCCGCGUCCACCUGUCUGCCGCGCCCGGCACUGCGCGCAGCGGGCACGCCGCGAGCGCGGAGCAGCCGUGCCCGCCGCCCGGGCCCCGCGCCAAGGCGCACACGCUCCGGCCCCCCCCACCCGGCCCGGGCGGGAGUUUGCACCUCUCCCUGCCCGGGUACUCGGGCCGCCGCUGCAAAGCCAACUUUGGAAAAAGUUUUUUGGGGGAGACUUUGGCCUUGAGGUGCCCGGCUCUGCACUUUCCGACUUCGGGGGCCUUUCUAGAAAAUGUUGCAAAAAAGCUAAGCCAGCGGGCAGAGGAAAACGCCUAUAGUCGGCGAGUGAAGACGAACCAUCGGCUGCCGUGUUCUUUUUCCUCUUGGAGGUUGGAGUCCCCUGGGCGCCCCCACACGGCUAGACGCCUCGGCUGGUUCGCGACGCAGACCCCCGGCCGUGGAUGCUCGCUCGGGCUCGGGAUCCGCCCAGGUAGCGGCCGCGGACCCUGGUCCCGCGCCCAGGCCCUCCCCAGCCCCCCAACGACGGAGCCGGGGCCGGGGGCGGCGGCGCCCGGGGGCCAUGCGGGUGAGCCGCGGCGGCGGCUGCAGCGGCCUGAGCGCCUGAUCGCCGCAGACCCGAGCCGAGCCCACCUCCUUCCCCAGCCCCCGCCCCCCACCCUGGCCGCGGGGGCGGCGCGCUCGGUCCACGCGUCCGGGGCCCCGCGGGGCCGGGCCCGGAGUCGGCAUGAAUCGCUGCUGGGCGCUCUUCCUGUCUCUCUGCUGCUACCUGCGUCUGGUCAGCGCCGAGGGGGACCCCAUUCCCGAGGAACUCUACAAGAUGCUGAGUGACCACUCAAUCCGCUCCUUCGAUGACCUCCAGCGCCUGCUACACGGAGACUCCGUAGACGAAGACAGAGCCGAGUUGGACCUGAAUUCGACUCGAUCCCAUUCUGGAGGCGAGCUGGAGAGCUUAUCCCGAGGGAGAAGGAGCCUAGGUGAGGCUGCGGGUUCCCCGACGGUCGCCGAGCCAGCCAUGAUCGCCGAGUGCAAGACACGCACGGAGGUGUUCGAGGUGUCCCGGCGCCUCAUAGACCGCACCAACGCCAACUUCCUGGUGUGGCCGCCCUGCGUGGAGGUGCAGCGCUGCUCCGGCUGCUGUAACAACCGUAACGUGCAAUGCCGCCCCACCCAGGUGCAGCUGCGGCUUGUCCAGGUGAGAAAAAUCGAGAUCGUGCGGAAGAGGCCAGUCUUUAAGAAGGCCACGGUGACCCUGGAGGACCACCUGGCGUGCAAGUGUGAGACAGUGGUGGCUGCACGACCCGUGACCCGAAGCCCGGGGAGCUCCCAAGAGCAGCGAGCCAGGACACCCCAGACUCGGGUGACCAUUCGGACGGUGCGAGUCCGCCGGCCCCCCAAGGGGAAGCACCGGAAGUUCAAGCACACGCAUGACAAGAAGGCACUGAAGGAGACCCUCGGAGCCUAGGGGCAUCUGCAAGAGAGUGCGGGCAGGGUUAUUUAAUAUGGUAUUUGCUGUAUCGCCCCCAUGGGGUCCUUGGAGUGAUAAUAUUGUUCCCCUCGUCCGUCUGUCUCGAUGCCUGAUUCGGACGGCCAAUGGUGCUUCCCCCCACUCCCACGCGCCUGUCCACCCACCAGCGGGUCCCCUCAUUGGCCUCCAGCGCCUUGCCCGGGAGCUCGAGAAGGACACGAAGGACCUGAACUCCAUUGCUGUCUUCCUCCGCUGACCCCGAGAAUCUGGCAUAGAAGUGUAAGAGAGACCCAUGGGAUCGCCGUUCGGGGACCGGAGGAGCUUCCCUUCCCCAGCUCCUGGCCCGGGUCACACCUGAGCGCCGUGGACUGGCCUGAAACCCUGCGCGUGGCCCUGAGGCCCUCUAGGCAUGGAUGGCCUGCCCGGUCCCAGGACCCCUGGCCCGCUCUGAAGGGAGCACCCCCAGGCAGGCCAGGGUGCCUCGCCCUCCUGUGGCUGAGACCACGCGUUGGACCGUAGACUGGAGAGAAAUCCUCCCACGGCGCCCAGGCCCAGUCACUUCUUUCUCCCUGGUCACCUCUGCUUAUAGUGGCUUCCUUUCGUUUUCUAUAUAUGAAAUCUUCGAAGAUGUGGACUCCUCUGGGUGGGCGUGGCCCGAGUACCCGGCAGCCAAGUGCCCCGUCAGAUGGGUUAGAGAUGAAGUUUGCUCUGGAGCCACCAUGGAUGGUGAUCUGGGCACUCACUGCCUCCUUCCACUCCCCUGCCUUCACCUCCUCUGUUUCAUCUCUCUACCUCCACCCUGCGUCUUCCUCUGCUCCACCGAGGGACUCCUUGGACCCCAUGCUGAGACCGUAAAUAACCCCACUCACUGCUCCAUUAGGCCGAAGACCAGGGGUCAGGGCAGCAGGGGGCUGAGCUUCGGAUCCCAGCCCGGCCGAGACUGCCGUGUAGGUUCGUGCAGGGUGUGCACUGUGCAAGGGCACCGCGUGCAGGGGUCGUUGUUCACGCCGUAGAACAUGGCCCGUUGGCGUAUUUGUUAGGACAGUUUUCUGGCAGAUGGAGCUAAAAUGUCUUGAGGAAAGGGAUCCUGUUCCUAAUCGACAUGACGGUUCCAUGUGGACUGGCUGGGUCCCGACCCAGCCAAUGGCUUGGGGUGGCUGGACAGGAGAGUGAGCCCACGUUGGGUGGGGAGGCCACGCGUUGUCCAGCUGGCCUCUAUUUUCCUGAGUCCUCAGCUCAAGCAGUUCCCCUUCCAGGCGGGCGUGAAAAACCCAAGAGAGAAUCUCCAAGGGAGGGGGUAGCCCUCGCUCUCCCCGGGCACGCUACCCCCCAGAGUAGAUUCUUCUGAGAUCCACCCGUGGUGGCUCCUCCCAGGAAACCAGCUCAUGGGCUGGGAGUGGGGGAGAAAAGGGAAAAGAUCCCCAGGGGUCCCUGGGGUGGGGUCUGAGCUCCCACCUCCCUCCCCUCCACCCCACUGCACUUUCCCCCUUACCCCCCCCCCCCUCCAAAAUCUGCUCUCUUCAGUUUGUAAAGUUGGUGAUUAUAUUUUUGGGGGCUUUCCUUUUAUUUUUUAAAUGUAAAUUUAUUUAUAUUCCGUAUUUAAAGUUGUAAAAAAAAAAAAUAACCACAAACAAAACCAAACGAAUGAA